GCAGGUGGCGCCCAGUGUCGCCCUGGGAAGCGGCCAGCUCGGAGCGGCCCCGGCCCGACCUCGCCCCGCGCCGGCCAUGGGCUCCGCGGGCACGGCGCCUCUGCUCCUCGCGCUGGGCAUUCUUCAUAACUGCUGUGAAGCCUACAAUGUUGGGCUCCUGGAAGCAAAAAUAUUUUCUGGUCCACGAAGAGAGCAGUUUGGAUAUUCAGUUCAACAGUUUAUAAAUGAACAAGGCAAAUGGUUGUUGGUUGGUUCCCCCUGGAGUGGCUAUCCUGCAAACAGAACUGGAGAUAUAUAUGCAUGUCCUGUUGGUGUGUCCAAAAGCACAUGUAAAAAAUUGAAUUUACAAGCUUUAAUAAAUAUUCCAAAUGUGACUGAAAUUAAAAAGGACAUGAACCUUGGCUUGACUCUGAUACAGAACUCAAAAACUGGAGGAUUUUUGACUUGUGGUCCCUUGUGGGCGCAGCAGUGUGGAAGACAGUACUAUGCAACAGGAGUUUGUUCUGAAAUCAGUCCAAGUUUUGAGAUCUUAAGAAGCUUUUCUCCAGCUGUUCAAAAGUGUUCCUCUGUUAUAGAUGUUGUGGUGGUUUGUGAUGAGUCAAACAGCAUUUAUCCCUGGGAUGCAGUGCGAGCGUUUUUGAAAAAAUUUGUACAAGGCUUAGACAUAGGCAUUAACAAGACCCAGGUGGGUUUAAUUCAGUAUGCUAAUGAUCCCCGAGUAGUAUUCAACUUGAACACAUAUCAAACCAAGGAUGAGGUUGUUAAAGCGAUGGAGAAAACGUCUCAGAAGGGAGGAGAUCUCACUAAUACUUUCAAAGCCAUUGACAAUGCAAGACAGUAUGCCUUCUCAGCUGAGUCAGGAGGACGCCCGACAGCCACAAAGGUCAUGGUUGUUGUGACAGACGGUGAAUCACAUGAUGGCUCCAAAUUGAAAACAGUGAUAGGUAAAUGCAAUGAAGACAAUAUAACCAGAUUUGGCAUUGCUGUUUUGGGAUACUUAAUAAGGCAUGAGCUUGAUACGAAAAACUUAAUUAAAGAAAUCAAGGGAAUUGCUAGUCACCCAACAGAGAAGUAUUUCUUCAAUGUGUCGUCUGAGGCUGCACUACUGGAAGAAGCCGGAACACUUGGAGAACGCAUUUUUAGUAUAGAAGGUACUGAUCAAGGUGAUACUUUCCAAAUGGAAAUGUCACAGGUGGGCUUCAGUGCAUAUUACUCACAGAAAAAGGAUAUUCUGCUGCUGGGUGCAGUUGGGGCCUAUGACUGGAGUGGAACAGUAGUUCAGGAGUCUUCAGACAGAGCCACCACCUUUCCAAGCCAUGUGUUUGAGAAGAUUCUACAGGACAGAAAUCAUAGCUCAUAUCUAGGUUAUUCUGUUGCUGUUCUCUCAACUAUGAGUUCUGUCUAUUUUGUUGCUGGCGCACCAAGAUCCAACUACACUGGCAGAGUGGUGGUUUAUAAUGUUGACAGUGAUGGUAAUGUUGCAAUUGUGCAGUCACAGAGAGGCGAGCAGAUUGGCUCCUACUUUGGCAGUGUGGUGUGUUCAGUGGAUGUCGACAGAGAUUCUGUGACAGAUGUGCUGCUUGUGGGUGCACCAAUGUUUAUGAAUGACCUGAAAAAGGAAGAAGGGAGAGUAUACAUGUUUUCCAUCACAAAGAGAAUCUUGGAUCAACAAGAACUCUUGGAAGGUCCACAGGGAUCAGAAAAUGCACGCUUUGGAUCAGCAAUUGCAGCACUUGCAGACAUUGAUUUGGAUGGUUCUAAUGAUGUUGUAAUAGGUGCACCACUGGAAAACCAAAACUCGGGAGCAAUUUACAUUUAUAAUGGAUUUCAAAAGACUAUACGUACCAAAUAUUCUCAGAAAAUCUUAGGAUCGGAUUCUGCUUUUGGACAAAAGCUCCAAUUCUUUGGAAGAUCAGUAGAUGGCCAUAGAGACUUAGAUGACGAUGGCAUUACUGACGUAUCAGUUGGUGCUGAUGGAAAUGUGGUUGUGCUAUGGUCAAGGGGCAUUGCAAAUGUGUCCAUAACUGCUUCAUUUAAACCCGAGAAAAUCAGUCUGCUGAACAAGAAUACAGAUAUAACUGUCAAAAUAUGUUUUCAGGCUUCAUUUAGACCUGCUAAGAAAAAUAAUCAAGUGGCUAUAAAGUACAAUGCAACAUUGGAUGCAGAUCUCCAGUCCUCUAGGGUGACUUCUAGAGGAUUUUUCAAAGAAAAUAAUGAAAGGUACAUGCAGAGGGAUCUUGUGGUGCAUCAUGAAGAGAAUUGUGUUCAUGAUGUCUUCAGUGUACAAGAGCCUUCAGAUGCUGUGAAUUCACUUAGUUUGCGCAUUGACAUUGGCCUUGCAAAUCCUGGCUCCAGCCCUGUCCUGGACAUAUCUUCCCCAGCAUCUGUGGCCUAUAGCAUUCCUUUUAUUAAAGACUGUGGUGAAGAUGAACUUUGUAUCUCUGAUCUUGUUCUGAAUGUUCAGCAGAAGGCAGAUGACAGCAAGCAACAGUUUAUUGUCAGCAGCAAAAACAGAAGACUAACAUUCAACGUGAAAUUGAGAAAUAAAAAGGAAAAUGCAUAUAACACCAGAAUCCAGGCUACAUUUUCAGACAACCUGUUUUUUGCUUCGUCUUCUUUACCGAGUGAUGGGACUGAAGUCUCGUGUCAAACAGGAACAGCACAAAGUACAGUCAUUUGCCAAAUAAGCUAUCCUGUUUUCAGAACAGGACAACAGGUAUCCUUUGAUAUUAGCUUUGAUUUUAACCUUAAAAAUCUUCAGAAUGUGGCAGUUCUAAGUUUUCAUGCAUGGAGUGAAAGUAAGGAACAGCAAGACUCGGAUAACCAGGUCGCCUUAUCAAUUCCUUUGCGAUAUGAUGCAGAGAUUCACUUCACAAGGCUUGCCAAUAUCAACUUCUAUGAAGUAUACUCUGGUCAUAACAUUCCUUCCACUGUGAAUAAUUUUGAAGAUAUUGGCCCCACGUUCAACUUCUCAGUUAAGGUAACAACAGGAAGUAUUCCAGUAAAGAUGGCAACUGUAACAAUCAAUCUUCCCGAUCUGACCAGCAAAGGCAACCCGCUGAUGUACCUAACUGCAGUCACCACAGAUGAGGCCAGAGGUGUCACUUGUGAUGCUCAGAUAAAUCCACUGCAAAUAGGGAAAAGACCUUAUUCUCCAUCUUUCAUGAAGGAGAACUUCAGAGCUUCCAAAGAACUGAACUGUAAGAACAUGAAGUGCAGUACCAUCACAUGCAAACUGGAAGACAUUGCACUGAAGGGAGAGUACUUUGUGAAUGUGUCCACCCAAAUCUGGAACGGAACCUUUGCUGCUUUAAUUUUCCAGACAUUACAACUCUCUGCAGAAGCAAAAAUUGAUACAAAUAACCCUGAGUUAUUUAUCAUUGGAGAGAAUACCCUAACUAUCCCAGUUACAAUAAUGAAGCCGGAUGAGAAAGCUGAGGUACCAGUAGGUGUUGUGAUUGGCAGCAUAUUGGCUGGACUCCUCUUGCUGUUGGUACUGGUUGCUGUUUUGUGGAAACUUGGCUUCUUCAAGAGACAGUACGAAAAAAUGACACAGGAUAUAGAAGAUGUGGAUGAAAUUGCAGAACUCACAAAGGACAAAGACUGAAGAUGAGUUACAUGGAUAAAGAGGAGAUCUGAGCCACCAAUAGUAGUUGUGAUCAGUCAGUUCUUCAGCUGGAGUGCCUUAAAGCUUAGUAACAUUUAAACAUUUUUAAUGAAAGUGUCUUUAUAGAUGAAAUAUUUUACAGAUUCUACUCUAUUGUAAGAGUAACUGCAGGACAGUUUGGUUUUUUCAAAAAUGAUUUAUAAUGCCUUUUCUUGUAAAUUUUUGCCUUUCAAACAAACUUAACCCUUAGAACUGGCAGGUCCGGAGUAUACAGUAACAUACUGUUCCAGCAGCCCUUCUCUUGAUC